AUGUCUCUCACCGCCGAGCAACAGGACAACUUCGAGGACAUCGAGAAGCAAUUCGCCGUCAAGGGUGCGCAGCGUCCUGUCGUGGCCUCAAGCAUGCCAUCGCUGACUGUCUUUGACANNGCUGUCCAGCACAUGACCACCUACUGGUCCAUCCUUGAAAAGGUGCCCGGUUCUAAGCUCCGCCUGACCAAAAUCGACGACGAAAUCUACGAGCACUUCAAGAAGGAGUUCCCCGACUACGACCCCAAAGCUACCAUUAAUGAGGACGAGAUGAAGAGCAAGGCAGGCAAGGAGCGCUGGAGAAACUUCAUCAACCACUACGAGAAGAAAGUUGACGACUACAACUUUGGCACUCUGUUGCGCUCCAACCCUGCCUUUGAGUACGGCCAGGACGAGACCAUCUUCGGUACCACCUACCACCUGCACCCUAUAUUCGAACGUAGCUGA